CGCCUCAGUCGAACAACAGAGCUCGACCCGAGUGAAAAUUUCGAGGAAAAAUCUGAAGCGGAAAAGCGCAUCAAGUGAAACAUCGUAUCCUGUUUUUUUGACGUAACCUUUUGCCUACGAGUCCUGCCAUGGCCAUUCCCUUCUAUGAGAACGAACACGCGUCGGCAUCGGCCGCGGCGCCUAGUGACAUUACUGCCACAGCCAGCGCUGGCGACCAAGUGGAUGGACCGCCGUCCCUCGAUUCGUCCGGAUUCGACCAGGUGGACUACGAAGGACCUCCGCCGGCGGCGCCAGCGUCAGCGGCAACAAGUGAGCCGCCACCCAGCGCCGAGGAGCAGCUGCUUGCCUGGAAAAUACUCGCCCUGACCAUGUGCAAGGUUCUCAAGCAGUUCUGCCAGCAGCACAAACAGGCAAACGGGAAAGCCAGCAAGUUGACGGCCACCGUCCAGAUCCAGCCACAGACGCAGUAAGAACCAACAUACCCCCCAAAGCAGAUGCGGAGCCCGGUACACCCGAAGCUCUGAAGCGGCUCCUAAAAGCGCAACUUGUGAUUUAUGUAUCGUUGGAACACGUGAGAACUAGCGCAGCGCACCAGCCCCGAGCCCCAGCCCAACCCAAGGACACAGAGACGGAAACGGGAGAGAGAGCAAGAGAUUUAGGAGAGAAAUGUGAAUCAAUUUCCCAAGGAAAAAAACCCCCCAGAAAGUAAUUUUUAUACACGUGUAUUUUCUUUGAUGGAGAAUUGAUUUCGAAAUUGCCGUCGCACUUUUUGGAUAAGCGCAAAUGUGAUAAAUAAUUUUGCUAAAAAUAUUUCCAGUCCCUCCCCCAUAAAGUAUUUUGGUAAAAUUACUUAAGUUUAGUUCUAAUCCUAAGUUAAGUUCUCCCAUGAGGGUCCGAAGAUUGAUGCCCAGCAAACGAUGAUCUGGAAGCGGCAGCUAGUUUUCAGAGAGCAACCAACUUAGUGGAUAAGCCCAACAAAACUCUUCGUAAAUGUAUGCUAUAAAUAUCCCUUCAUAUGCUAGAAGUCUCAAUAUCUGUGUGUGUAGGUACAACUUUUUUACAAACAACUCUCUUGGUGUCUAGUUACGAGAUACAUAUACAAAUGUAUCUCAGAGUUUCAACUUCCUAGGUAGAUUGCUUCUUUGACUUAGCAAAUAGUUAUGGAAAUGUAUAAGUAUAUUUUUGAUAUUUUUAUAUUUGCUUUGCCAUCAACGAUAAGUGUAAGCUGUGCUGUUUGUGUCAAUUUAGUUUCUAGUUCUUUGCCCCACUACUCAUAAGCAAUACUGUGGACUUCACUAAACACUAAGAUCAACGAGGAGGAAGAGCUGAAGGAGACACACUUUCGUGUCCAUGAGGAGCAUACACAUAGUACAAGUUCAAAAGUAGAAAUAUUUACAACAUCCAUAAAAA